AUGCCCGAGCCAACCUGCGUGAGGGAUGUCCAAAGACUUACUGGAAGAGUGGUGGCGCUCAAUCGCUUCAUGUCGAGGUCGGCAGAAAAAUGCUUGCCGUUCUUUAAGAAGUUGAGGAAAGUGCCGAACUUCGAAUGGAUCGAGGAUUGCCGAGAAGCUUUCAAACAGCUCAAAAGCUAUCUCAGCUCGCCUCAUGUACUUAGCAGUCCACUAGAGGGAGAAGAGAUCCUGAUUUAUUUGUCAGCCUCAGAACAAGCCGUCAGUGCUGUGUUGAUAAGGGUGGAAGGAGGAGAGCAGAAGCCUGUUUUCUAUGUCAGCAAAGUGCUCAAAGAUGCCGAGGUGAGAUACCUGAACAUCGAAAAAAUAGCAUAUGCCCUGUUGCUGGCAGUCAGAAAAUUCAGGGUCUAUCUCGAAAGCCACCAAGGAGUAGUGAUGACAGACCAGCCAUUAAAGAAGAUCCUCCACAGGCCGGAAACAUCAGAGCGAAUGCUCGCCUGGUCCAUUGAGAUUAGCCCCUAUUGCUUAGAGUACCGACCCCGGACCACCAUAAAAUCUCAUGCCCUUGCUGACUUCAUAGCAGAGUGCUCGUUCAAUGAAGAACAAAUGGAACGGGGUGAGUCAUCUUUGGAAGAGUUGGGGAAUGAGAGGGAAGGGCAGUCCUCUCAAGAAUUCAGCUGGAAGCUGUAUGUGGAUGGGGCAUCAGGCGCUGGGGGCAGUGGUGCUGGAAUAAUGUUGAAGGGACCUGAAGAAUUUAAGGUUUGCUAUGCCCUACGCCUAGAAUUCAAGGCUUCUAAUAAUGUGGCAGAGUAUGAAGCCUUAAUAAACGGAAUGCUGGUAGCAAUGGAGGCCAGAGACCCUACCAUGAAGAACUACCUAGUGAAGGCAAAGGCCAUAGAAGCCGAACUCAAGAGUCGGGGAAUUACAGUCAGGUAUCAGAGAAUACCUCGGGAAGAGAAUGAAGAGGUAGACCUGCUCAGCCGAUUGUCUAAAGAGGAGCUAGAACAACUCCCUGAUGAGGUAUACGUACAACACAUUAGCACACCUGACUUUGACAAAGUGGCCACUGUAUUGCAGAUGGAGCAAAGCCAGAGCUGGAUGACCCCAUACCUGGAAUACCUGGAGAAGGGAAAGCUCCCUGAAGACAAGGACGAAGCAAAGAAGAUAGCAGCUCAUGCCGCUAAUUACUAA